AUGAGAUCGGUUCUGAAAUGGGCCAGGGUAUUGACAAGGCGAGCUCCCUUGGCGCUCUUGCGAUUCCCGACAACAGGCUUUGAGAUUAUCUCCCCCGAGGUGGUGGUUGAGGAGCAACACGUCGAGAAAUUCAAGGCAGGGCUCUUUUAUCCGAUUAACAUUGGGGACGUCCCCACCUCCAAAUGCCAAAUUCUAGGCAGAUUGGGUUUCGGAACCACGUCCACGGAGGCUAACACAAGCAGGGACCACCAACAUGUCGCACUGAAAUUCCAAAAGUAUCAGCGACUCAGCAAUGCUGACUCCCAGCAUACUGGAUCUCGCUAUGUGCGAAGAGCGUUGGACCAGCUGCUUCUUCCAUUCACCAAGGAUCUUCUCAAGGCUGGAAUCAAGAUGGUGCUACUCGCACUUGAUUAUCUGCAUACCGAAUGCAAGCUGGUUCAUACUGACAUCAAAGGUGACAAUAUAGUGAUGGAACUUGUAGACAAGCAAGUUCUGGAUGCCUUCACCGAAGCUGACCUGGACAACCCCACCCCUCGUAAGUUCGUGGAGGUCGCUCCCUGGGGUGUCUCUGUGCUCAGCGAUCUUGGUUCUGCUGUCCGCAGGGACAUGAAACGAAAUCACGAUGCGCAGCCGAUGUGGCAAACACCUAUUCACGGUCAAGACCCAAGUGGGGAGGGUUCCAUGACCCGGGUUCACUUGGCGGAAGUGGUUGCAGUCUUGGGCCCGCCGGCCCUGGAUUUGCUCCGCCGGGGCGUUCGCAGCUCCGAGUUCUUCGCCGACGAUGGCCGUUGGAUAGCCGAUGUCGAAAUCCCACAGAAGAACAGCUUGGAAGCCUCGGAGGAGAGGCUUGAAGGUGAGAACAAAGCAAGAUUCCUCGAGUUCAUGAGAGGUAUGCUGCAAUGGCGCCCUGAAGACAGAAAGACGGCAAAGCAGCUCCUCAAGGAUCCAUUGCUCAAUAGUAGUAGCCCUCAGCCGGCUCUUACUUAA